UAACAACUUCAGUUACGAUUAUUUCACGACGCGGAGAGCAUGAAUGGCUUGUCUUUUGAGAGACAACACGUAAAACAGAUCUCGUAAUCACAGUCGGAAACGGAGCUUCGUUACAUUCUGUCCUGUUAUUUUGCGUUUUUCAAAACGUUGGUACAUUUUCUUUACUAUAUAGUGCAUUUAAUUUGCGUAUACAUUAUAGUAUCUAAACGUAGUUGGGUGUCUGUUCUUAAAAAUUGUGUUGGCGUUAGUUUAUUGAUAGAGAUGCAGGUGUUUCGCUGGAGGAGACUUUAACUUUGAUGUUGUAAGAGCAACUUGUUUUAAAAUUUUAAUGUAUGAUUUCGGGUUGCUAAUAGAGAGAAAAAGCGCAACAGUCCUGACCUGAUAUUUUCAACUACUGUAGGUCAUUGUUAAAGAAAAUGUGGAAUAAAUGGUAGUGCCGGUAGUAGUACCAUGUUGGAGUUGGUGAAAAAGGCGAAUUUUUUUACCGGGGGUGGCGGUCCGGUAACGUACACCGCCCAAUAUACGCCGGGUAUAACGAAAAGGAAAGAUAAAACUGUUAGAACUUUUAUUCAAAUUCGACCAAAAAGUUUGUUAUGUUCCGGGAAUUCCGAAGAGAGCUACAGCUACCAUAAUCCCAGCGACACCUGGAAGUUUCACAGACCGAGGCCCAAAUCCUACAGUGAUGUAUCACCCACAACCCCCGUAAGCACAGGAUCACCAGUAAGGUGUGUCCCUGCAAGAUCCAAUAUGGACAGCCCGAAAAAGUCACCCCAAAAUAGUCCAGCGUGUGCUGAUAAAGCCACCCUCAAGGUUCACUUGCCAAAUGGUGGUUUUAAUGUGGUAAAAUACGGAGAUGCUAUCGACGUCAAAGGUAUUAUUUCGUUAGUAACUGAAAGAUUAUCAACUGGCGAAAGGUACUACAAAAAUUCGUAUGCAAUGAGACUUCGUCAUGUAACAACUGGGGAGAUACAUUGGCUUCAUCAAGAUACCACCAUGUACCAGGUGCAAGAAAAAUACUUCAAAAAGCACCCUUCUUCAGAAUGGCGUUACGAAUUAAGGGUUCGAUAUUUACCACCAAAUCUUUAUGAUCUUUAUGAAAAGGAUAAAGUAACGUUCUUUUUUUAUUACGAUCAAGUCCGAAAUGAUUACCUCUCGUCAAACCUUAGUAUAGACCAAGACGCAGCAGUUCAGUUGUGUUGUUUGGAAAUUCGUUAUUUUUUCAAAGAUAUGCCCCAGGUGGCUCUAGAUAAAAAAUCGAACUUCGAAUAUCUGGAACGCGAAGAGGGCAUGCACAAGUUCCUGCCCCGCAAAAUACUCGAAAGCAUGAAACCAAAAACCCUUCGUAAAAGCAUUCAAACCCACUUCAAAAAGUUUAGCCAAUUAAACGAGGUGGAAUGUAUGUUCAAGUUUUUCGAUAUCCUCGGUCUUUAUUACAAAUACGACCAGGAGAGGUUUCGAGUCGAUUUAGGGAGUAGUUGGUCCGUUCCCGUCGAACUUGUUAUCGGACCUGACCUGGGCAUCUCAUAUACGACCGUUCAGGUGUCUAGUACGACCAAAAUUGCCGAAUUCGAUCAAAUACAAGCGAUUCAAACCCUAGUCAGCGACUGUGAUGAACACAAAAAGGCCACCCUUCAACUAAAAGUGGCCGGUGCCCAAGAAAUACUUUUUAUUACUUGCCCCAAUCUAGAUACUGCGGAGAGCUUGGCAGAUCUAAUCGAUGGAUAUUAUAGACUAAAUACACCAAACCAUUCCUCAAUUUGGACCAGAAAAGCUACUGUUUGGAAACAGUUUCCUUGCCCAUGUAAAGAUGCCCAUCCACAAAAGAGUAAACUAAGUAAAAGGGAAAGUGAUAAUUCCCAUGGCACCAUGCUAUCGGAAGAUUAUGCCGAAAUAGUUGACGAAGAAGGAGAUUAUUCAACUCCCACAACUAAAAAUUAUCAGUUAUUAAGAAGUCAAAUAGAAUUAGGCGAUAUUCUGGGCGAAGGUCAGUUUGGUGAUGUACAUAAAGGCACCUUUAAAACUAAGGAUAGUAACGUCGUACCUGUGGCUGUGAAAACUUGUAAGAAUCCUGAUCCGGCAACUGCCGAAAAAUUCCUAGAGGAGGCUUAUAUAAUGCAAAAAUUCGAUCACCAACACAUUAUAAAAUUAAUCGGCAUAUGUCCCGAUUCUCCAGUUUGGAUUGUUAUGGAACUCGCAAAACUUGGGGAACUGAGGGCAUACUUGCAGAGCAACAAGAACCGUCUCGAUCUCGCUUCCUUAAUCUUAUAUACAUUCCAACUGUCCACUGCACUGAGUUAUCUCGAGUCGAAGAAGUUUGUACACAGAGAUAUUGCAGCCAGGAACGUACUGGUCAGCUCACAUACGUGCGUUAAACUCGCAGACUUUGGACUGUCCAGGUGGAUGGGAGAGGAACAAAGUUACUACAAAGCCUCAAAAGGAAAAUUACCCAUUAAAUGGAUGUCACCAGAAAGUAUCAACUUUAGGAGGUUCACUACAGCUAGUGAUGUGUGGAUGUUUGGCGUUUGCAUGUGGGAAAUUCUAAUGCUGGGAGUGAAACCCUUUCAAGGCAUCAAAAAUAACGAUGUAAUUGGCAAAAUUGAGAACGGUGAACGACUAGCCCUCCCGCCCAACUGUCCACCAAGACUGUACUCACUAAUGUCUCAAUGCUGGUCCUACGAGCCCAGCAAAAGACCCAGUUUUAAGGAGAUUAAGGAAAUAUUACAAGAAAUUUUAAUCGAAGAACGGUCAGCUGCUCAAGAAACUAUGAGACGUGAGAAUAGAAGAGUAGCUGCAAUGUCAUGGGGAUCUACUGAUGAUUCACCACCGCCAAAACCUGCCAGGUUCCCAAUGCAAGGUGUCGAUUCUAGUUCUUUAGCUUCACUAAAUUCAUUCGGAGGGGCGUCAUGUCCCCCUCAGACUUACAUCGUGGCCCAAAAUCCGGAAGUAUUAGCGCAUCUGAUGAAAGAAAACGAAUCGAGAAGCCUCUGUCCAUCGGCUUAUACAACUCCAGCAUCGGUAUUUAACACAAUUGCUGUUGAUUUUGAGAAAAAGGAGGACGACAAAGAACCUGUCCUCAAAACCUGUCCCAUCCCAGUCCAAAGUUUGCAUAAACUCGAUCCAGAAAUCCCAGAAAACGCUGUUCUCGAACAGAAACUUUUAGAACGUAAAUCGUCAAAAGGUAGCGGAGAAAGCACCCCAAAAACGGGUUCAUUAGAACGUUCGAGCCGUUACUCAUCUAAAACAAAUUCAAUGGAGAAAAAGUCGUGUUCAUUAGAAAAAAAAUCGAAUUCUUUAGAAAAAAAUUCUCGUUUCGAAAGUCCACGUGGCAGCGUGGAUAAAACAGUCGGUAUAUUUAGCCCUAAAAUGGGCUCGUUGGAAAGAAAAUCACAAAAGGGAUCCCCUAAAAUGGGUUCCUUGGAAAGAAACACAACGAUUGGAAAACAAACCACAACUUUUUCUCCUAAAAUGGGAUCACUGGAACGAAAUGUACACCUCUCUUACACGCAACCCCCUCCUAUCCUGUAUGAGACGGAUGACAUUCCCGAUUUUCAUCCUCAUCCUACCGUGUAUCAGUUUCCUGUCACACAAAGAGAGAUGCAACUUCCAGAAGAAAACAUUUACGACUUUGGCGGCGCCGACGUGAAAAGUUGUGCACAUAAACAACCAUUUUUUGCUCAAAAAGUCACAAACGACUCAAAAUCACAAGUUCAGCCUACAUCUUCACAACAAUCACUUUAUGGUGACCAGUUACUGCUUCAACACAAUCCGCUGAUACAUAACGACGUUACUUCGGAUUUCAACAGGCGCGUUUUGGAACAAAAAUUGAAACAACAACAGAUCGAGUCUGAAGAAGAUUCCAAAUGGCUGGCAGAAACGGAGAGCAAUUUGAAGAAAAGACUCAGCGUAUUAAGUUUCUCUGAAACGGACACACUUCGUGACGGAUCUCAGUCUUUAACAUCUCUACCUGCCAGUCCCUUGUCUUCGUCGCUAUCAACAUCUACUCCAUAUCAACUUUCCUCCAGCAUAGCCAGUAUGUCCAUGAGUGGGAACGGUUUACAAAGUAGCACGGGCUCGCAGAGUAGCAGCAAAAGUCAUUCUCCCGCAGGAUCUGUUACAAGCACUCUUACAUUAACAGAGAAAAACGAAUAUUUAAGGACCCAUGGAAAACUCCAGCCACAGCAACAACAACAACAGCAGGAAAAUGAUGACAGUAAGAAGAAAGUUGAACCUCAACCUACAGCAGACCUUGACCGUACAAAUGACAGAGUGUACGAAUGCACCACCCUAGUGGUGAAAGCAGUAAUGUCCUUAUCACAAGGGGUGCAGCAAUCACAUGCUGACCAAUAUUUGAACCUUGUCAGGAAUGUUGGUUUAGCUUUGAGGAACCUAUUAUCUAGCGUGGACGAAUUGGUAACUGCUUUUCCCAGUUCCGCCCAUCGGGAAGUCGAAAUGGCUCAUAAAGUCCUAGCCAAAGACAUGACUGAACUCGUAAACACCAUGAAAUUAGCCCAACAAUACAGUAACACCACUUUAGAUGCUGAAUAUAGAAAGGGCAUGCUGGGGUCUGCUCACAUACUGGCUAUGGAUUCCAAAAACCUCUUGGACGUAGUGGAUGCCAUUAGGAUAAAGUUUCCUCAUGUUAAUCAGUAUAUAACGAAUCGCGCAAUUUUUCAUCCUCAAUCCCAGGUAGCUUCAAACCCUCCGGACCCUAGCAUUAAUUUCUCCCCCACCCCAGUCACCUGUACGUUUAUACAAAGUCCAGCCUUUUCGCAGAAAGCCCACAUGUCCAAUUCCAGUAGUUCGGCUUUGACUACAAACGAAGUUGGAAAUAGUUAGUCUCCACGAUGACAGUUAAACAGGUUGUUUCCUUUUUUUGUGUGUUAUUUUGACUAUGUACAUAUUUUUUGAUGACGCGAUCGACACGCGUUUCGUACUUCCAAAUAAAUCAUAGAAACGAUUAAUGGUUAAUAAGAAUUGUUUUAAAGUGAUGAGAUCGUGUCUGGAAGAAGGUCGUAAAGACGAUAAAUGACUGCAGAAUAUUUCGCUCAUAUUUUUAAUAGGUGUAUAAUAGAAAAUGUUCUUCAGGAAUUCUAUAAAUUUUUUUUCGAAUAGAAUAAGUUAAUGUAAGAAAUUGGAACCUUCAGAAUCGAUAGUUUUUGUUUAAUAUCAUUUACUUGACAUACAAAUAAGAGUGAGAUACCACUAUGUACGUUUAUCGUCCUGUAGGCCUUUGACGCUUGCUUACUCGCUCGUAUUGCUCGCUUUUUUAGACUUUGUAUAUUUUUUGAAAAUAAUUGAAAAUGAACUAGUCGCUUCCGCUUUUUAUAAAAUAAAAUGUAGGUGAUAACAAGCGACCUAUACAUACAUAUAAUAUAUAUUUCUUAUAUUUAAAUACCGUUGCUCAAUACCGCGAUAACAUACGUAUAAAUAUUUUUUUUUUACAUACUUUAGCAGUCCCAAAUGUUUGCAAAAUAUUUUUUGUUUUUUUUUAUGUCCUUUAAACAUACACAACUGUAAGAAAGUAAAACUAUUACAGUACAACGAUAAAUAAUAAUUAAGAUGUAUAUUUUUUUGGUGAUAAGAAAAUAGUUUAUCGGUUUAAAUUCAAUUUUUGGUCAUUCAGAUUUAAUUUUGUCAAUAACCGACACCAGCAUAAUAUUCUCAUAAGGCGAUUUUUCAACCGUCAAUUUCUGCCAUCUUCAGGCUGAAACUCCUUUAAAGUUUACGAUAUUGUUUUAAAGAACUUUGAGCUUAAAGAAGACCCAAAUUGACAUCUAAAUGUCGCCUUAUGAUUCUUAUAUUGAACUGUUGUCGGUUAUUAGCAUAAAGAAACUUGAAUAUUUAUUCAAUAAUUCAUAAAUGUGUAUAAAUUUUAAAUUACUAUGGAAGAUACAAUUUAUUAUCGUAUCAAAUUAUGUGCUUGUUUUUGUUAAAGAUUGUUCAUUUAUUUAUGCUGUAUAGUACAAGCAGUAUUCUUUUCUAGCAUUUUUAAUAUGUAUACAUUAAAGUAUUAUAAAUAUCUUAAAAUAUUAAUUCUUAUUGCGUAAUGAAUAAUUUCA